AGAGGAGCCGUGUGCUUACAGGACCUGCGAUGAUGUCACCGUCAUGUGAUCAGUCACAUGGAGGUGGAGGGGAGGAGGAGUCACAUGACACAACAGCAGUGACUGCCCCACCAGGACCUGCUCUUUAUCUUUUACAUGCUGGAGGUGUAGGACCUGUUAAGAUGUCACAAUUUUGUCACAUGUGGUGGUUGCUAAAGGACGUUUGAUUGUUGUCAUGUGAUCAGUCACAUGAUGAGGUGCAACUCAGCAGUGCAGCAUAGAAGGGAUGCCGGUAAAGGACCUGUGAUGAUGAUCAUGUGACCAGGAGGGUGUAUACACUGAUCAUGUGACUCCUGUUCCUCCACCAUGUGACUGAUCACAUGACGGGGACAUCAUAGCAGGUCCUUACAGGUCUCCUGUACAGCUCUGCAGGUGGAGGUUUCUCCAAUCCAGGAUCCUCUGCUGAUAUCUUCUAUAUAAAAGAAUUCUCCUGGAUGACCCAUCAACCAUGGAGAGAGACAGGAACAAGAUGGCCGACAGGAUCAUAAACCUCACCCUACAGCUACUCUUCCGGCUUACUGGAGAGGAUUACACAGUAGUGAAGAAGUCCUCUAGUGGGCGCUGUCGGGCCCCUGUGUGUGAAGGAUCGGGAAGAACCCUGAGCCCAAUCCCCGGGCCCCCACCUCACUCCCUGAUACAUGAGGAAAUGGAUGAACAGAAGAUCCGAGAACUCAUCAACAAGAUGAUGGAGCUGCUGACUGGAGAGGUUCCUAUAAGGUGUCAGGACGUGGCGGUCUAUUUCUCCAUGGAGGAGUGGGAGUAUGUAGAAGGACACAAGGAUCAGUACAAGGAUCAGGUGAUGAUGGAGGAUCAGCAGCCCCUCACAUCACCAGUCAGAUCCAGUAAGAGAACAGCAGCAGAGAGGUGUCCCCGUCAUCUUCUUCCACAGGAUCAGGAUCAGCAGCCCCUCACAUCACCAGUCAGAUCCAGUAAGAGAACAGCACCAGAGAGGUGUCCCCGUCCUCUUGUUGAGCAGUAUAAGGAGGACAUUACUACAGGGAAAGAUCUGAUCUAUACUUAUGCUACAGACAUAAAGGAAGAAGAAGAGACAGAUGUGAGCGGUGAUGAGCAGUAUAAGGAGGACAUUCCUACAGGUAGUCCAGAUUCUUGUAGCAGGAGAUCAGAGGAGAAUGUUAUAUCUUCAGAUUAUAAAGCAGAUGAUGAUAUCACACAAGAUACAUAUGAAGAACAUUCCAUUAUCCCAGAUACACCCUCAGCCCUUCACAGCCAAGAUCUGUCAUCUCAUCCUUAUAUACAGGUCCUGUCUUCUCAUUCAUCACAGGAGGUUCAGCAAAAUAAAAGGAACAGAACAAGUGUGGAGCAUCUGAAAUCUGAUCUUGUUCAACAUCUAAGAAUUCACAAACGGGAGAAGCCAUUUUCAUGCUCAGAAUGUGGGAAAUGUUUUACCGAAAAAUCAACACUGGUUAAACAUUUUCGAAUACACACAGGGGAAAAGCCGUUUUCAUGUCCAAAAUGUGGGAAAUGUUUUACUCAGAAAGCAUAUGUUAUAGAUCAUCAAAGAACUCACACAGGAGAGAAGCCAUUUUCAUGUUUAGAAUGUGGAAAAUGUUUUACUCAGGAAUCAAGUCUUGUUCAACAUAAAAGAACUCACACAGGGGAGAAGCCAUAUACAUGCGCAGAAUGUGGGAAAUGUUUUACUAAGAAAUCAAGUCUUGUUCAACAUAAAAGAAUUCACACAGGGGAGAAGCCAUUUUUAUGCUCGGAAUGUGGGAAAUGUUUUACUACAAAAUCCUCUCUUGUUCCACAUCAAAGAACUCACACAGGGGAAAAGCCAUUUUCAUGCUCAGAAUGCGGGAAAUGUUUUACUCAGAAACCAAAACUUAUCAGACAUUUAAGAAUUCACACAGGGGAGAAGCCAUUUUCAUGUUCAGAAUGUGGGAAAUGUUUUACUCGGAAAUCACAUUCUAUCAGACAUCUAAGAACUCACACAGGAGAGAAGCCAAUUCGGAGCGGAAGAACCCUGAGCCCAAUCCCGGGGCCCCCACCUCACUCCCUGAUACAUGAGGAAAUGGAUGAACAGAAGAUCCGAGAACUUAUCAACAAGAUGAUGGAGCUGCUGACUGGAGAGGUUCCUAUAAGGUGUCAGGACGUGGCGGUCUAUUUCUCCAUGGAGGAGUGGGAGUAUGUAGAAGGACACAAGGAUCAGUACAAGGAUCAGGUCAUGAUGGAGGAUCAGCAGCCCCUCACAUCACCAGUCAGAUCCAGUAAGAGAACAGCACCAGAGAGGUGUCCCCGUCCUCUUGAUGAGCCGUAUAAGGAGGACAUUACUACAGGCAAAAAUGAGAUCUAUAUUAAUGCUACAGACAUAAAGGAAGAAGAAGUGACAGAUGUGAGCGGUAAUGAGCAGUAUAAGGAGGACAGUACUACAGGAAAAGAUCUGAUCUAUAUUAAUGCUACAGACAUAAUGGAAGUAGAAGAGACAGAUGUGAGCGGUGAUGAGCAGUAUAAGGAGGACAUUACUACGGGAAAAGAUCUGAUCUAUAUUAAUGCUACAGACAUAAAGGAAGAAGAAACAGAUUUAAGUUGUGAUGAACAGUAUAAGGAGGACAGUCCUACAGGUAACCGCCUAGAUUCUUGUACCAGGAGAUCAGAGGAGAAUCUUAUAUCUUCAGAUUAUAAAGCAGAUGAUGAUAUCACACAAGAUACAUAUGAAGAACAUUCCAUUAUCCCAGAUACACCCUCAGCCCUUCACAGCCAAGAUCUGUCAUCUCAUCCUUAUAUACAGGUCCUGUCUUCUCAUUCAUCACAGGAUGUUCAGCAAAAUAAGGAGAAGCCAUUUUCAUCUUUACAAUAUAAGAAUUGUUUUAUGAAACAUCAGAAAGUUCACACAGUUGAAAAUCCGUUUUCAUGCCCAGAAUGUGGGAAAUGUUUUGCUUGGAAAUCAGAUCUUACUCGACAUCAAAGAACUCACACAGGGGAGAAGCCAUUUUCAUGCUCAGAAUGCGGGAAAUGUUUUACUAAGAAAUCAUAUCUUGUUCAACAUAAAAGAACUCACACAGGGGAGAAACCAUUUUCAUGUUUAGAAUGUGGAAAGUGUUUUAGUGAAAAAUCAAAUCUUCUUAAACAUCAAAGAACUCACACAGGGGAGAAGCCAUUUUCAUGUUCAGAAUGUUGGAAAUGUUUUACUACAAAAUCACAUCUUGUUCAGCAUCAAAGAACUCACACAGGGGAGAAGCCAUUUUCAUGCUCGGAAUGUGGGAAAUGUUUUACUGAGAAAUCAAAUCUUGUUCAGCAUCAAAGAACUCACACAGGAGAGAAGCCAUAUUCAUGCUCACAAUGUGGGAAAUGUUUCAUUUUGAAAUCAAUUCUUGUUCUACAUCAAAGAACUCACACAGGGGAGAAGCCAUUUUCAUGUUCAGAAUGUGGAAAAUGUUUUACUGAGAAAUCGACACAUCGUAGACAUCUAAGAACUCACACAGGAGAGAAACCAUUUUCAUGUUCUGAAUGUGAGAAAAUUUUUACUCGGAAAUCAACACUUAUUAGACAUAAAAGAACUCACACAGGGGAGAAGCCGUUUUCUUGUUCACAAUGUGGGAAAUGUUUUACUCAGAAAUCAAGUCUUGUUGAACAUCUAAGAAUUCACACUGGAGAAAAGCCAUUUCCAUGCUCAGAAUGUGGGAAAUGUUUUACUAAGAAAUCAAGUCUUGUUCAACAUAAAAAAACUCACACAGGAGAGAAACCAUUUUCAUGUUUAGGAUGUGGGAAAUGUUUUACUGAGAAAUCAAAUCUUGUUCAACAUCAAAGAACUCACACAGGGGAGAAGCCAUAUUCAUGCUCACAAUGUGGAAGAUGUUUCAUUCAGAAAUCAAGUCUUGUUCUACAUCAAAGAACUCACACAGGGGAGAAGCCAUUUUCAUGUUCAGAAUGUGGGAAAUGUUUUCCUCGGAAAUUAGAUCUUCUUCAACAUCAAAGAACUCACACAGGGGAGAAGCCAUAUUCAUGCUCACAAUGUGGAAGAUGUUUCAUUCAGAAAUCAAUUCUUGUUCUACAUCAAAGAACUCACACAGGGAAGAAGCCAUUUUCAUGUUCAGAAUGUGAGAAAUGUUUUACUGAGAAAUCAACACUUGUUGGACAUCUAAGAACUCACACAGGAGAGAAGCCAUUUUCAUGUUCUGAAUGUGAGAAAUGUUUUACUCAGAAAUCAACACUUAUUAGACAUCUAAGAAUUCACACAGAAGAGAAGCCAAUUCAGAGCAAUAAAUGAUGCAGAUAACACAUCUAUAUAUAUAUAAACCAUGUACAUAGGAUAUCUGACGUUUAUACAUAUAUCAUAUACUGCAUCUCCAAACUUGUUUCCAAUUGUUAAUAAAAGUUUUCUUUUAUAACGUAGUCCCCUAUCCAGGUCAAAUGAAAGCCCAAGCGAAAAUUCCUAAGUCUGAAUGGGAAUGCGGAAUCCAAUAAGACUAAAUUUUGUAAGUUAAUUUGUUUUCCCUUAGUCUCCUCAGCAGCACAAUGUGAGCUAUUUAGGACCGGGGAUUUUUUAAAUGAAAUCAAGUUAAAAGAUCAUAGGUACCUCCCAUACAAUGGCUAUAAAACGCCCUGCUCACAUCAGGACAGUGAGUAAAUUCUAAAGUGCAAAUAAACUAACUAGGGAGGGAAGCUUGUGCUGCUGAGGAGACUAAGGGAAAACAAAUUAACUUACUAAAUGUAGUCUUCCCUAGCAUCCCUCAGCAGCACAAUGUGGGGAUCUAGCAAGAAUAACCCCUAGGGAGGGCUCUCCUGCCUAGCAGAAUUUAAGAUGGUCUUAGCGAAAAAGUUUUCACUAGACAAAAAAUUAUCCAUUUUGUAAUGUUUUAAGAAUGUUAAAGGAGAGUUCCAAGUUGCUGAUUGACAUAUUUGUUCCAAAGGAACAGAAUUCCGUUCUGCCAAAGAAGCAGAAAUAGACCUAAUGGAGUGUGCCCUUGUGAACUCCAGUGCAUCAUCUGGAGAUGGAAGGUUUAGAUGCCUUAGCACCUUUCUUAGACUCCUACUUAAAAGGACUAUGAACAGUGUGUGCACAGGCUUGGAGCUAGUUAGAAGCGGGAGGUGGAAUCUCUUAAAGGGGAAAUGCGCCACCUGGGCCACUAUAUGGAGGAACUGGAUAAACAGCAGGAGGUGAUUCAUGAUAAUCUGGAUCUCCAUCAUAAGGUUCUCCAGGAACACUCUGCUAAGAUCUCAUAUCUCCUUUAUAUGCAGAAGCACAUUGAAAAUCGCCAUAGGCAAAAUAACAUUAGGCUGAGGGGCAUCCCUGAAUCGGUGCUCCCCCCUGCCUUAAACGGUACAGCUCAGAAUAUAUUUGCUGUACUCUUGGGGGCUGAGGACCCGACCACCUUUGAGCUGGACCGCAUUCAUCGCUCCUUGGGCUCUAAACCCCCUGAUAAUGCUCCACCACAUGAUGUACUCUGCUGGGUCAAUUUUUACAAGGAAAAGGAUAGGAUCAUGACAGCGGCCAGAGAUCAUGGGCCUGUGACCUUGGAUGGGGCCACUAUUAUGCUCUUACCUGACCUUUCCAGAUGCACCCUUUAGCAAUGCCAUUGGAACUGCUCUGUGAAUGCAACAUUUCCUACAGAUGGGGCUUCCCCUUUCAACUGUCUGUUUGCUAUAAAGGCAAGACUGUGGAGUUCCGUCAUCUAGGGGACCUUCCUAAAUUCCUUGCCUCUCUGGAAUUCCCCAAGGUAGCUCUCCUGGACUGGCCAACCCCGACAUGCAUUCACAUGAAUUCUCUGGCCACCUGAAUGGACUGAUCCAGAUCUCUCUCCUCUCUUUAAGACAGCUUCUUAUGAAGCGUGAUGUUUGCCUGCUGAGUACAGAGGCUUCUAGCUGGGAAGCCUUUCUCAUUUCACCGAGUGAUAUCUUAAGUUGUGUUGUCUUUUUUUUGCCUGAGGUGCCUUUUCUUCAUAUUAUCCAGUUUUUGUUAUAUUAUGUGGGGGGUGGUAGCAGAAGGUGGUGGGUUAUUUCUUUAUUUUUUCUAUUGUUUUCUCUCCCUAGUCCGUAAUAGGCUGGUAGUCUGCAAGAGAUGGGUCUACUGCACUUUAAUGGAGUGUUUGCCCCUCUGGGUUCUGGGCUAUUGUUCUCUUUGGUUUUUUUUUGUUCUUGCCUUCCCUAUUCUUGCUUCUUUUCUCUCUCUCUCUCUUGUCUCUUCUCGCUGGCCUCUGCUACUUUCCUAUGUUCUCCUUUCUCUGCUUCCCUCCCUGUCCCCUGCCCUUCCUUCCCUUCCCCCUCCUAGCCCUCUUCCCUUCCUCCUGUUCCUCCACCAUGGAUACCUUUAUCGGUAUGCACUUUUAACGUGAAAGGGCUUAAUCAGCCCAAGAAGCAUUGGCAAAUUUCCCUUUUUUACAUAAACGUAGGGUUUCAGUUGCCCUUGUCCAAGAAACUCAUUUUCAGACCUCUACGUACCCAGUUAUCAAGGACCGUCAGUAUCCGGCCUGGUUCCACUCCAGUAAUGUAGAAUCCAAAUCUAAAGGGGUUUCAGUAGCAUUUCAUAGGUCCUUUCAGCCUUCUAUCCUUAAAUCCUCUAGUGACCCCUUGGGUCGUUACUUAUUUCUUCAAUUUUCUUAUGCCUCUCAGCUUUUCACAGUUGCCUCUGUUUAUCUCCCGAACCAGGGUCAAGUGCCUUUUGCUUCCAAGGUUCUCCGUCUCCUAGAUAAGUUUGCUGGGUCUUCGCGGAUUAUCCUCGGUGAUGACUUCAAUUGGGUAUGGGAUCCUACCCUUGACUCCUUAACCGGUAAAUCUUCUUUGUCCUUUGCUGCACUCCGUAAACUCUGUAAGGAGCUUCUUGAUCGCCGCCUGGUGGAUAUAUGGCGGGUAGUACACCCCAAGGUCAAGGACUUCACUUAUUAUUUCCCCGACCCAUAACUCCUAUAGCCGGCUUGACAUUAUUUUUGUUAGUCAUUCCCUUCUCUUUGCCUCCCCCCGUUCCUCAAUUGACUCCAUUCUUUGGUCAGACCACGCCCCUGUCCUAGCUUGGUUUCAGUUUGCUGAUAGUGGUCCCUUCUCCUGGUGACUGAAUGACAAUUUGCUGCGUUAUACCUUAUGCUCAUCUGAGGUCACUCAUACUAUCUCCGAGAUGCAUCGCUCUGACCCCACUCCAUCCCCCACCCAGUGGGAAGCCUUGAAAUGUACGAUACGCAGCAUUUUGAUGUCUCACAGUGCUUGUCUUAAGAAAGCUAAUGGUCAGAAAUUGAGUUCUCUAUUUGCAGCCUUAGCUUCCUUAGAAGUGUCUAAUAAGUGAGCUUACUCUGAGAGCACUCAAGCCCAGAUCUCCACCAUGAGGCAGCAAUUGCUCAGUUGUCUUGACCAGCAGUCGUUCUGUUAUCGGGAGAGGGCACACCGUGGCUAUUACGAAUAUGCGGACAAGAGUGUCACUUGGCUAUCUAGGGCCCUACAUCCUAAGACCUCUUCUCCUUACAUUCUACAUUGUGAUAAAUAUGCAGACCUUUCCCCUUCUGUUUUCCGGGCUAAGAUUGACCAGUAUCUUUCCAAACACAGUCUCCCCUCUUUGCCACCGGAAAGCGUUGGGAGCGCUUUGAUUGUCCGUUGGAGCCUGAGGAGAUUCAGGUGGCUAUUAAGGGUCUCAAAAACAGGAAAUAUCCUGGUCCCGAUGGGUUUACGGCCCAUUUCUAUAAGAAGUAUGUUGACCUUGUUACCCCUCCUAUGUUGCGGGCUUUCAAUUCUGUUGUCGACAGUGCCUCUUUCCCUCCUUAGGCUCUCAUGGCCCAUAUCACGGUGAUCCCCAAGCCUGGCAGGAAUCCCGCCUCCUGUAGCAAUUGUCCUAUAUCGCUAUUGAAUUUGGACAUUAAAAUCUAUUCUAAGAUUUUGGCCCUUGCUUCCCUCCCUGAUUCAUAAUGACCAAGUUUGUUUUGGGUAGAGAAGCCAGGGACAAUACCCUGAAGACAUUUUCCCUCAUAGCUGCUGCCAGAUCCUUCAAUUUACCUGUUUGUCUAUCGAUUCCGAAAAGGCUUUUGAUAGGGUCGGGUGGGACUUUUAGAUUUAGCAUUGUCCCGGUUGGGUAUGGGUCCUCGUUUUCAUAGUCCCAUCAUGGCCCUAUACAGCGGUGCUACGGCACAGGUUUGAGUGAACGGUACCUUGUCCUUGCCCUUCUCAAUUAGCAAUGGGACCAGACAAGGGUGUCCCCUCUCCCCCUUCUUUACGUGAUUGCUAUGGAGUAUCUGGUGGUGGCGCUGAGGCAAAAUGCUUCCAUUCCUGGUCUUCGUUUACACUCCCAUCCCAAUAAGCUAUCUCUUUAUGCUGACGAUCUUCUUUUAUAUGUAGUGAACCCCCAUGUCUCCCUACCCGUCCUCUUAGCGGAAUUCGCGGAAUAUGGAGAUCUUAGCCAUUUUACAGUUAAUACCCACAAAUCUGCACUCCUCAAUAUAUCUCUGUCAUCUGAACUUUUUGGUUGGAUUUCCUCCCAAUUCCCUUUACGCACCCAAUCUCGCUCCCUAAGUUAUCUUGGGGUCCACCUACUGGCAGAUUUUAAUGGUCUAUUUGACGUAAACUAUCUCCCUUUACUGAGGAUUAUUGAGCGGGAUCUGCUGUCUUGGAAAACUCUUCCCCUCUCUUGGAUGGUAGCGGUCAAGAUGGAUAUUCUCCCUCGGAUUCUUUAUUUGAUGCAGACCCUCCAAGUCCAUAUUCCGGCCUCUUACCAAGUUCCAUUCUUAAUUAUACGCUUUAUCUGGUCCAGUACUGGCCCUUGUCUCCUUCAUCAAGUGCUGGCUCAGAGUUAAAAAAAAAAAAAAGAGAGCUGCUUUGCAUGACUUCCGUAUGUAUUACUGGUCUACAGUUUGCUCUUGUAUCCUUGACUUCUGCCAUCAUGCUGAGUCCAAGCAGUGGGUUAGUUUAGAGAUAGAGCUCUCCCCCCGCCCACCCUGCUGCUCUCCUGACAGUCAAGUCUUGCUCUUCCUUAUAUCUUUUAAUUUGGGACUCCUUAUUGGGCUCUACUGCUAUUUCCUCCUACCCUGGCCCUCAUCCCUCCUUUUUAGCAAACCGGCUCCACCCUCCGAAACUGAACUCCACGGUCUUUUAGGCCACAUAUCACUCUCAUGGCUCCAGCUUCGAGAUGUCACGUCUGCCAUGUCCUUAAUACCUUUGACCUCCCUCCCUAGUGUACCCCCCAGGGGUUGGUUCACAUAUGAAAAACUCAGGUAUUUUUACUCCUCGCUGCUACCCAAGAGACAUUUACAUAGGCCGCUUACAUCCUUUGAGCACUUCUGUUACCUCCCUCUCCCCCCCUCAUACGAUUUAUUUGAUUUACGGACUGUUGCGAAGUUCUUUGGAAGACUCGGUGAAACCUCCUUACCUAGUUAAAUGGGAGACUGAACUGGGGUGUGACCUCACCACCAAGGUUUGUCAUUUUUUUUACUACCCCAUAAGGCUUCUUUUUAAUCUAGCAUACAGGAAUGUAGUUUUAAGAUUCUAUCUUAGGUGGUAUCGUUGUCCAGUUCGUAUGCGUGAGAUGUUCCCGACAGCCUUGGACACAUACUGGCACUGUGGUAAUGCGGUGGGCACAAACUUGGUGGGACUGUACAGCUCUUUCACCCUUUUAGGACUCUGUGUUUGACCUAUACAACAUGGUCUCUUCGAACUCCAUCCUGCCAUCUCCUAAAAUUGCUCUCUUGUCUCUUUUUCCGGGCUUUCUUCCUAGGGCCAGAAGAGGUCUCCUGAGACAUUUCAUUGGUGCCGCUUGGGCGGUGAUCCCUCGGCACUGGAAAUCUCUAUCCAGGGCAGAGUUCGUGGAGACCUUGAACAAAGUACGUAGGAUGGAGGAAAUGGUGGCUUCUGACAGGGAUGUGCUUGAGGCCUUUAUUGGUGUGGGGCUAUCUUGGGACUCUUUUAGAGAGUCUCAGGAGUUUUUGGCUUGGGUAGGUUGAAUUGAUAAAUGGACAUUCAUGGUAUCCCCUCCCUUCCCCUACACUUUCCUCCCCUGUCAUUCUUUCCUCUUCUAUCUCCUGUUUUCCUUUGGCUUUCCCUUCUGGCUUUCUCUUUCUCCUCUUCUUCUGUCUUAUUCGGUUUUGUCUUCUCUUUAUGUAUUCGUUUCCUUGAGGUCACAUACGCUAUUGUUUCCCACCUAGGGUCGUACACCUAACUUGGGUUGCUAUUAUGCUUAUUUACACGUGGAUGAUGGGAGUUGUGAUAUUGCUCUUCACUUUGAAUACCAAUACCAAACAAUACCUGUAUUGUUUUUUAUUAUGUUGUGUUUACUACGACCCAAUAUACAUCCUUUUUGUGCUACCUGCAUAUAUGACCAAUAUUAUUGUUUACGCUAUUGUAUACUGUUUCUUUGUAAAAAUCUUAAUAAACACUGAU